CUCAUAUAUAACUUUUGUGGGCCAUCCCACAUAACGACAAACUGGAUGAUGAAACGAACCUGAGCUCACUCAUGCCACGUUUUCACAUUUCAUUGGCUUGACUUGUAAAGACUCAAAAAGUUUGGUCUACUUAAAGGGGGUCUCCUCAGCCUAGCCACUUAAUACUCAAUUCUGAGCUCGGAUCCCAUCACUCGCAGCGAUGGCAGAGGGUACGGAAAUGAAGCUGAAGGUUGCUAAUCCAGGGUGUAAAUGCUGCAACAAGAAAAUCAAGAAACUGCUCUGUAAAUUUCCUGAAAUACGAGACCAGACUUUCAAUGAGAAGGAUGACACCGUGAUAAUCAAAGUAGUAUGCUGCAACCCUGAGAAGAUCAGAACGAAGCUUAUGUGCAAAGGUUGCAAAAUCAUCACGUGUAUCGAGGUUAUACCGCCACCGCCACCGCCACCGCCACCGCCACCGACACCGACACCGCCAUCUCCACCGCCAGUGCAUUUAGUAGUCAUCUAUCCAAGUGGGUGUCGCUGUGACAGACGCUAUGGUUGCCGCUGUGAAAUCGUUAUUGAAGAAAAUCCGACAUGCACCAUCAUGUGAAUCAUACUCCAUCGUGGUUGUCGUUGUCUGGUGUUUUUAAUUCCUUUUCUCAGUUGGGUGUUGAGUCGGUGAUCAGUUCUUUUGGGUUCUUUUCUCGUCCACAACAUCAAGGCUGUAUAGGCCAAUAAUAUUUGUGGACUAAUAGAUGUUGAUUUCAUCCUUA